UGUACGGCAAUGGAUUCUAGGACUAAGGGUCAGAGCUGCCUAGCGACUGGGUUGCUGCGGAACCAAGUGGCCGUGGUUACUGGCGGGGCCACGGGCAUCGGAAAAGCCAUCGCCCGGGAGCUCCUGCACCUGGGAUGUAAUGUGGUCAUUGCUUCCCGGAAUCUGAACAGAUUAAACUCUGCUGCGGAGGAACUGAGAAUGUCCCUGUGUCCCUCCAGCUGCGCUCAAGUCACUGCCAUACAAUGCAACAUCCGGAGAGAAGAAGAGGUGAAUAAUUUGGUCAACGCCACCUUAGCUAAGUAUGGUAAGAUCAACUUCUUGGUAAACAAUGGAGGAGGCCAGUUCCUGUCUCCUAUUGAAGACAUCAGUGCAAAGGGAUGGCAAGCUGUGAUCGAAACGAACCUGACAGGCACUUUCUACUUGUGUAAAGCAGUUUACAAUUCCUGGAUGAAAGAGCAUGGAGGGUCUAUCGUCAAUAUCAUUGUCCUUAUUAACAAUGGGUUUCCAGCAGCCUCGCACUCUGGAGCUGCAAGAGAAGGUGUUUACAACCUCACCAAAUCCAUGGCUUUGGCAUGGGCCAGCAGUGGAGUAAGGAUCAACUGUGUUGCUCCUGGAGUUAUUUAUUCCCAGACUGCUGUUGACAACUAUGGUGAAUUGGGACAAAGCAUGUUUGAAAUGGCCUUUGAUAAUAUCCCAGCUAAGCGCAUUGGAAUCCCUGAGGAGGUCUCGUCCUUGGUGUGUUUCCUGCUGUCCCCUGCAGCGUCCUUUAUCACUGGACAGUUGGUCAAUGUGGACGGGGGCCAGUCUUUGUAUACUCACUCCGUCAGCAUACCAGAUCACGACAACUGGCCUGCAGGACUUGGGGACCUUUCUGUGGUCAGGAGAAUGAAGGAAUCUUUUAAGAAGUCCAGGCUCUAAGUCAAGGAAGCACCUGCCUGUCUUGUUCCUGUUCCUGUGUGCCUUAGCAUCUUGAGAAUUUUGUUUUGUUUUGUUUUUUGUUCGUUUUUUGUUUUUAUGAGACAAAGUUUCUCUGUAUUGUUUUGGAGGCUGUCUGUCGAGCCUGGCCUCGAACUCACAGAGAUCCACCUGCCUCUGCCUCCCGAGUGCUGGGUUUAAAGGCGUGCGCCACCAAUGCCCGGUGUUUUGUACUUCACAAGAGAUUAUAAUUUCUGUGGAGGCAAAGAAUAAAACAAAACAAAACCCCUAAUUUUAAUGUUAUCAGUUUUAUCUAUGCAAAAACUACUCCCUAAAAUAAAUGUACCUUUGUGUUCAAAAUAAAUGUACUUUUGUGUUCAAACCA